AAACAUAAAAUUGCACAGAUCAAAGUAGAACUCUCCUGUGACCUCCUCACCUCAAGGGCCUGCAUUCAAGAGAACCGAUCCCAGUUCCCAGCCAGUUGCGUAUACCACUGAAGGAAAAUGAACAUACUGCACAGCCACCACUUUUUGUACUUUCUGCCUACCACACACCUUGUCAUCUUAUUAGUAGCUUUGACAACUGCUGAGCAUGUGACUAAUAGCACUUUCAACCGCACUGACAUGAACACGGGAUCUGCGCCUGUGGUGAUCUCCCGCAUCGACCAUAUUAUAGUCAAGGAGGGGAGUAGUGCCUUGAUCGACUGCAAUGUCCAAGGUAGUCCUAGUCCACAUUACAGAUGGUACAAUUCCAACGGCCGCCUGCUCCAAGAGGAAGAGAACAAAGCAGGAAAAUGGUGGUUUCUUGACAACGGACUACUAAACAUUACCAGCGUGUCUUUUGAAGACAGAGGUAAAUACACGUGUGUCGCAUUUAAUAUGUAUGGCAAUGUUAACAAUACUGUGACGCUGAGGGUUGUUUUUACCUCCGGAGAUAUGGGAAUCUAUUACAUGAUUGUCUGCCUUGUAGCUUUUACCAUUGUUAUGAUACUGAACAUUACUCGGUUAUGUAUGAUGAGCAGUCAUCUGAAGAAAACAGAGAAAGCAAUCAAUGAAUUCUUCAGAACAGAAGGGGCAGAGAAACUCCAGAAAGCCUUUGAGAUUGCGAAGCGUAUCCCCAUUAUCACUUCAGCCAAAACACUUGAGCUUGCCAAAGUAACCCAGUUCAAGACCAUGGAAUUUGCUCGCUAUAUUGAAGAGCUCGCUCGGAGCGUACCUUUGCCACCUCUCAUCAUGAACUGCAGGACUAUAAUGGAAGAAAUUAUGGAGGUUGUCGGUCUGGAGGAGCAAGGACAGAAUUUUGUACGGCAGACAGCAGAAGGCCAGGAAACCACUGAAACAGAUGAGCUGUAUAUGAUCCCAAAUGCUUUGCAGCGCAGUGACUCUCCCACAGCGGACUCUGAUGCAUCGUCACUGCAUGAACCACCUCAACAGAUUGCAAUAAAAGUGUCAGUUCACCCGUUGUCCAAAAAGGACUGCAUGGACGGUCAGUCGCAAGAAAGCGUGCAGUUGGACACCAAGGAAGAAGACACUCCUCAAACACCAGCACUUCCUGCAGAGCCCCCUCCUGAGCCUUCUGCCGAACUCAGUUCUGAUGACACAGCAUUGGCGAAUGACAAAAAUACAUGCGUUAUAUAUGAAAGCCAUGUAUGAUAGUUACUCCUGAAUCUAUGCAUAGCAGGAAAAUCAGGUGGAGCUCUUUUAAAAAUACAUAUUGUACUUGCCGCUAAGCCUUACCUGGAGACUAUCAUAGCAAAAGCAUGUAUGUGGAUUAUUUGGCACUUUCUUCUCAGUUUGACUUUAGUUAACCAUGAUGUAUGGCAGAGUAAUUGCUAUUACAUUAAUAUUAAUUGCUCUUUUUGAUUAGGAGUAUUUCCAAGAAACAUUUACCUCAGCAUUUUCUAGGUUGGAGUCACCUGUAGUGGCCUCCUGGAAGUCAUUGGUAGUCUUUGAUGUAGGACACUUGAACAUACUAAACACAAAAUUGGUUUUCAUUUUCCUCCUUCCCUCUCGUUAUUUCAAUCUAUUGCAUUUUUGCAAAUAUUAUCUUGUGAAUUUGAAAUAUUGCCCAAAAGGCAGCACUCCAGUAGCCAAAUAAAAUCCUAAUAGAUCCCAUUUACAAAGCCUGCUUGCUCAGCUGCAUUGUGAUUUAGAGGGCUAUUAAAGAAAGUUAAAAUGUUUCCAUUUCAUUUGAGACCACACUGCUUAGGCACAAGGGAAAUAGUUUUCCCGUUUCCAUGGAAUGAAGAUGCCAACAAUUGUUUUUUUCACAUUGAGAAACAACUUUGAGGUGUGUUUUACAGAUGGGAAAGCCCGUAAACAUCUUACAGAAAGUUGCAGUCGCAACAGCUCUGCAGGGGUUUUUUGCAUAUAUUUGACUGUUCUUUACUUUGCCAGAGGUUUAUAUGGAAAACAGCUGCAAAUAUGCAAGAUGUCUUGUUUUGUAGUAAUUUGGUAGGAGUAAGUACGCACUACCUUACCAGAAGAUAUGCAGGUUCCUUAACAGUCCUGCAAAUGCCAGUAAUUAGCUGAUGACAAGGCUGAAAUGGCAGAAGACCCUUUUAUUGGGAUUCUCAAUUUUAUGCAGAUUCAUAUUCUGAAGAUCAAGCCUAAAUUCAUCUAUAAGCAUAAGUCGGAGAGUGUUUUAUCCAAACUAAAAAAAAUAUAUAUAUAAUCAAGUGUCCUGUGAAAUUACAAUGACAAGCACACAGUUUACUGUGCUAUAAUUGCUUUGGUAUUCUAAGAACCUCCUACCUAUGUAGGAUGUUCACAGCUUGAGUACAUGUGACUCUAUCCCACUAAAGCUUUAAUGAUCACUGCGAUUGUGGCAUUAAAAAGGAUCAACAUUUAUGCCAGGAAAUGCCAGGAGUGGAAGGGAAGUGAUAAUUUCUAUUGCAGACAGACAAUAAAAAGGACCUUCUCUGGAGUGAGUCUGGAAAGAAAGCGCUUACAAGGAGGAGUUUGUGUAGGAGUAAUAGCAUAUUACUUAAUUACUUGACACACAUUUAAUUUGAAACUCAUGAACAAAAUAUCACCUUACAGUUUUUAAGAAGGACUGUAGUGUAAGUAUAGAUACUCAAAUCUAGAGUCACGUAUACUGCAGAAAAAGAAGUCACUUAGGUCUAUGAGGAGAUGAUGCAUGGAUGGCUCUCUGGACAUUUUAUUGAAGUAGCCACAUCUACAUAAGGUGUCUGUUGGAGGCAAUCAAUCAGGUAUAUUAACUGCACGAGUAAUUGAGAUCAAACAAAGUCAAUGUUGCAGCUAUCUAAAAAAACUUUUGAUAAUGAGCUGAGGUUUUAUGUUAACUUCCUCAUGUUAAGUGCAGAGCUUCACUAGCAGUGUAACACAGGAACACCCUGUGACUAACGUUGGUGAUGCAGAGAAGGCUCCACAUUUACCUUCCUAUGGUUAUUAAAAAAAAUACAUGUUUAAUAAUGGACUUCAGAUUUUGUGACCAACUUGUGAAAAUGACAGCAUUUAGUUGCCUAACGUUUGUGCUCACCACAGUGGUAGGCAUCUAUACAAAAUGCAUUUGCACAUGCCCAAAAGGAAACAUGCCAGGGCAAAGUCCCUUUAGGAAUGUGGCUGGCAAUAUUUUACUUCCAGUGAAGCAAUAUAAAUCUAGAACACAGGGUAGAUUAAGAGAAUGCCAUAAAGAACCUCACUUCUGACCAGUGUGAUUGAAAAUACUACUGAUGCAAACUGUUAACUUCUUGUCUGAGUCCAAAGUACAUUUCUGUUUAGUGUUCACAUCAGUUUUUCAAGUCACUUAAUUUGCUUCUGGUGUGAAAAAGGACGAGGGCAGAAACAAAAGCAGGAACUUGCACUAAAUUCUUUUAAUUCACCUUAACCCCUGAAAAGAGGCAUCUUGAUUUUUCUGCCUGUCCAGCAUUUACAAACAAUGCUCAUGUAUUCUAAAGUUACCUGCCUAAUGCCCAACUAAGAUUGCACAGAUGAGCAAGGAUGUUCUCCUUGAAAGCAUAAAAAUAACUUUUAAAUUACACUUUAAAAUUUUUUAAAAAGUUUCAAAAUUACUUA